AGAAAAAUCAUAGCAGAGCAUUUUGGUUGAGGAAGCGUGGACUUUUUUUUUUGGCAAUCUCUCAGAUCCACCGUACACAACACCCAAAAGCAAACACAAGAAGAACAUGUAAACAGACACAACAUAAAGUUUGCAGACUUUUCCAGUCUUCAUGGACACACACACAAGUUAAGAUUGGCAGAAACUUUCCAUUUUUGGAGAAAAGGUUUGAAGCUUUCUUCAACUCUGUUUUUGCUCCGGUUGAAAAGUCAAACCAAGCUAAAUGAACGGUGACCGACCGCCGUGGAAGGAGGAGGCGGCGUCUGGCGGUAGAGGACCUCCGCCACGGCCCACCAUCACUCUGCCGCCACGUACGGAUACCCUUUUCAGCGGUGGUUUCAGCCCUGGUCCCAUGACUCUGCUCUCUAAUCUCCUUGCCGAUGGCGACGACUGCAAGUCAUUCUCCCAGCUGCUCGCCGGCGCCAUGGCGUCUCCGGCGGCGGCGGCACACGGUGGCUUCUCACCUGGUCUCUUUUCUCCUCAGGUGUCCUUUGAAAUGUCACACCAGCAAGCUCUAGCACAGGUUUCAGCUCAGGGCAGCUCAAACAUGCAUCUCCAACCAGAAAAUUCAUUAUCUAGAUCAGCAUUGCAUACUUCCAAUACUACACAACACCACCUUGUGCCACCCUCAGGGGAAGAAUCUCAUGCAGCAAAGACAGAACCCACUGAUUAUUCUCUCUCUGAACAAAGAUUCCAGUCUUCUUCAUUGAAUGUUGACAAGCCUGCUGAUGACGGCUACAACUGGAGAAAAUAUGGGCAGAAACAUGUGAAGGGUAGUGAGUUUCCUCGAAGCUAUUACAAGUGCACGCAUCCUAAUUGUCCUGUCAAGAAGAAGGUGGAGCGCUCGCUCGAUGGCCAUGUCACCGCGAUCAUUUAUAAAGGGGAACACAAUCAUCAACGCCCUCAUCCAAACAAGCGCGCUAAAGAUGCCGUGAUUUCAAAUGACAAUUCCAAUAUGCAAGGGAAUGUUGAUUUAACAACUUAUCAAGGGAUGAGUACAAAUGCAAUGUCUAAGAUGGAUCAGGAAUCUAGUCAGGCAACUGCUGAACAUGUAUCAGGAACAAGUGACAGUGAGGAAGUAGGUGAUCAUGAAACUGAAGUGGAUGAGAAAAAUGUUGAGCCUGAACCCAAGAGGAGAAAUACAGAAGUCAUACCCUCAGAACCAGCUUCUUCACAUAGGACAGUCACAGAGAACAGAAUAAUUGUGCAAACAACAAGUGAAGUUGACCUCUUAGAUGACGGGUAUAGAUGGCGAAAAUAUGGGCAGAAAGUUGUCAAAGGAAAUCCUUAUCCUAGGAGCUAUUACAAAUGUACAACCCCGGGUUGCAAUGUCCGGAAGCAUGUGGAGAGAGCUUCAACAGAUCCUAAAGCUGUGAUAACGACAUAUGAAGGAAAGCAUAAUCAUGAUGUGCCUGCAGCUAAGACUAACAGUCACACCAUCGCCAACAAUAGUGCGUCACAGUUAAGAUCACAAAACAAUAAUCAUGGUUUUGGAAACAGUGGAAUUGGGGGCAACGAGCAACAGCCUGUUGCGCGUCUGCGGUUGAAGGAAGAACAGAUAACCUAGGUUUCCUAGUAUGAGGUCGGAAGAACUGGUAAUCUGAGAACAUCCCACUUGUAAGUUAAAAAUGUGUCACACUUCACAUGUCAUCUUUAUUUUGAUGUUCAAUGUAUUCUUUUUUAGUCUUAGGCCAGAGUUUUGAUCAAUUCCUUAUGAACAAAGCAGUUCUAUAUAUAGUGUUCUCUUUCUCCAAAACCAUUUCCUGAUGACAGAUUUGAAGGAAGACACGUUUAAGCAAGAGAAGUUUGUGGAGUGAACAGAGGUUCUGGAUGAUGCUGUACCAAUUGUGCCUUUUGUGUGUGCAUUAAAUAUAUAAAUUAUGUUGUAUAACAUAGUUUAUCAUUUUCAUCAUGUAAUUCCUUGCUCUGUUAUAAUUUGCUAAUAAUGUGACAAAAAUUUGGAUCAUAUCAUAAAUUUCAUUCUAGUC